AUGCGCAACGAGUGGCUAAGAAACUUGAUCGCGAUAACAGUUCUCGCCCUUAUGGUUCAUGGGCAGUUGAGAUCGCCGCGCAUAACGGAACAUCCUUCGGACAUAAUUGUGGCGAAAAACGAACCGGUAACAUUGAAUUGCAAGGCAGAAGGUAAACCUCAACCAGUGAUCGAGUGGUACAAAGACGGUGAACUGGUUCAAACAUCACCGGGAGAUGCAAAGUCCCAUCGUGUUCUUCUUCCUACGGGAUCUCUUUUCUUCUUAAGAGUAAUGCACGGAAAAAAGGAACAAGAUGGCGGAGUUUAUUGGUGUGUUGCAAGGAAUCAAGCUGGUUCUGUUCCGAGUCGAAACGCCACCCUGACCGUUGCAGUGCUAAGAGAUGAAUUUCGAGCGGAACCGCAGAACACUAGAGUCGCAGCUGGUGAAACCGCUUUAUUGGAAUGCGGACCACCCCGGGGACAUCCGGAGCCAAGUUUACAUUGGAAAAGAAACGGUCAUACGAUAGACCCAGAUGCUACUAAACGAAUCACGUUGGUCGAUGGCGGAAAUUUGAUGAUCUCCGAUGUUAGACAGACGGACCAAGGAAAAUAUAAGUGUGUUGCCGAGAACAUGGUGGGAGUGAAAGAAUCUGGAGAAGCAACUUUAACGGUUCAUGUGAAACCGUUCUUUUUGGCAACUCCAUCGAAUCAAACGAUCUUGACAGACCAAACGGCUGAAUUUGCCUGCCGUGUCGGCGGUGAUCCCCCACCUGAAAUACUUUGGAGACGAAACGGCGGAAAAAUGCCGAUUGGGCGAGCACAUAUUUCGGACGAUAAGAGCUUGCGGAUUGAGAAAGUAAUGUCGCAGGACCAGGGAACGUACAUUUGUGAUGCUGAGAACGGUGUCGGUGCAAUAUCAGCGAGUGCAAUUCUCACGGUACAUUCGAGACCAGUCUUCACUAAUUUUCCAAAGGACGAGGUCGUCGGCAUCGGUUCGAACGUAUCAUUUUCUUGCGCGGCGCGCGGUGCACCGAGACCUUCUAUAUUUUGGACUCGCGAAGGUUCCCAAGAACUGAUGUUUCCAGAAAACGAAUAUCAAGGUCGUUAUAAAAUAACGGAAGACGGAAGUCUGUACAUCAGGGGAGUCGUGGCAAAAGACGAGGGACAUUAUGUCUGUAGCGCGAUCAGUCAAGCUGGUGCGAGUACGGCAACGGUUUUCCUUCAGGUUACUUCGACCGAAGAAGCCCCACCACCUAUCAUUGAAUUGGGAGCGACGAAUCAGACGAUGCCCCCGAAGAGUGAAACAUCGAUGCCGUGUCGCGCCGUUGGAAGACCUACUCCGAAGAUAUUCUGGUUCAAGAACAACGAACUCGUGCGAGAGGAUGGCGGGGAGAAACGAUUCACGAUCACGAGUAACGGUACUCUCUCGAUAAAGAAUCUUCAGACGAGCGACACGGGGAUAUACAGUUGCAUUGCUUCUUCCGUGUCUGGGAAUACGUCGUGGUCCGCAAGCUUGACGGUUAGCCCGGAAGCAAGUUACCACCGCGGUAUCGUACCAGACCUAUCGGGUCUGCCCGAAAGCCCCAGUAAACCAAGAAUAGUGAAUGCAACGAAUAACGCGGUUACACUUACUUGGAGUCCAGGCAACGACGGUGCAGGCAAGACAAUCGAUUACACGAUCGAGUACUUCGCUACAAAUCCCAAGACAGGCUGGGUGGUCGCUGCGACGAAAAUUACCAACGAUAUCUAUACCGUAACGAGUCUGAAGCCAGACACCAAUUAUGUGUUCCUUGUUCGUGCCAGAAACAAUCAGGGUACUUCACUUCCCGGACCCCUUUCGGAUAUUGCACGGACCAAUAGCCUCGAUCAACAGCAGACGAUCCCUCAGACUGAACUGAUUCGUGCGAGAGACCGUCUGAAUAGCGAAAUUCUUUACUUGAAGGAGGUUCAACCUCGAAGCAGUACCAGUGUUAAGAUCAUAUGGGAUAUUCUCGGGGCUGCCGAUUUGGUCGAAGGUCUCUACAUAAGAUACCGUGAAGCUUCCGAGAAACCCGAAUAUCGAAUGGUCACGGUAUUGAAUGCUGGUGCAACUAGUUAUGUUUUGACGAAUCUGAACAAGUACACGCGAUACGAGUUUUUUUUAGUUCCUUUUUUCAAAACUAUCGAAGGUAGACCGAGCAAUGUGAAAUUGGCCACCACGUUGGAGGAUGUACCGUCCGGUGCGCCAGAGAACGUUCAUGUUGGCAUGAUAAACGUUACUUCAGCGUUCGUUCGUUGGUCUCCACCGCCAAAAAAUACACAAAAUGGCCAGUUGGUGGGAUAUAAGAUUCAAAUCAAGAGCAACAGCAGCAACAAGGUCUUGGGUCAGAUGUCUUUAAACGCAUCUACGACUUCGGUAAUCAUUAACACCUUCACGACCGGUGGUCUUUAUACGGCACGUGUCGCCGGAUUAACUCGCGCGGGACUCGGCCCGUUUUCCAAUCCGACUAUUCUAAACAUGGAUCCAGGACAAUUGACACAGUUACCACCGCGAACGGAUCCAAGUCAAGGAAGUGCUUCCAUUAUUAGUGAAACAUGGUUUUUGAUUCUGAUGAUAACGGUCGUGUUGACUGUUAUCGCCGCAUUUGUGGGGGUCGUUUACGUUCGACGAAGACAAGCGAUGGGCAAACAGCUUGGCCAUUUAAAUGUUCCCGUUGGUACGGCCAACGAUAUUUGCCAGUUAAAUAAGGACACUUUGUGGCUAGAGCGUGGUUGGAGACCGAGCAACACCCUUCAGGCCUCGGCGACCGACAAAGAUUGCGAAACGAAGCUUCUUAGCAAUCAGAAUCAAAUCGGCCUACCACCGGGCAUCGUCGGAAUGACAGGCUCGGAAUACGCCGAAGUUAAUUUAACAACGUUCUACAACACGAGAAAACAGCUCCAAGCUCCACCGGAACCGUAUGCCACGACCACCCUUUGCAUGCCAACUCGUAGCCCGGAAUCGCUAGAAACUAGCGGUCGAAAGUCCAAUUCGAGCGACUCGUGUCUCAAACCAGACUAUUCCAGUUUGGAUUCGAAUCUGGAUCGCAAUAAAUCGACGAUUUCCCCUUGUAGCGACAACGCCAGCAGCGUUUACAAUGGCGGCGAGGAUAGUAACGCGGAACCGCACAAAAGAACUCAUCAGUAUAGAAUGCCGCUUCCGAACGAGAAUCAACCACCGAAUUGGUGCGACAUGUUACCGCCUCCUCCAGAACAUUCACCUUCUUUCGAGGGAUCCCUCGGUUCUGCAAGGGCGCAUUCACAUUCUCAUCAACACCAACACCAGUACCAGUAUCAGUAUCAUCAUCAUCAUCAUCAUCAUCAUCAUAAUCAACAACAACAGCAUCAGGUUUCCCAUCAGUAUCAACAUCAACAUCACUACCAACAGCAACAACCGUAUCAAGCCGCGUUUAGCCCUCACCUCGGAAAACGAAGCGUCGACAGACAGAACGAUUUAGACUUGAUGACUGGAUCCGGAUUAGCGUUGGGGUUAGGCUUAGGUUUGAGUUCGAAUUCAAAUUCGGGUUCCGCUUCUGGUUCUGGUUCUGGCUCUGGUUCCGGUUCCGGUUCCGGUUCCGGUUCCGCUUGUGGCUCUGGUCCAGGAUCUGGAAAUUCUCAAAGUCCCCCCAGUCCACCGAUUAGAACAACGAACAACUUGAGCGGUUCGGGAUUGGUCUGGAACGGUUCGAGUCAGCAACAGCAGCAAUACGAUGGUUCCGCUCAACAAACCAGUAACGUUCAUCAACAAAGUAGAUAUACGAGUUUGCCUCCGCAGACAAAUCCACCGGCAUUGCCUGCUCUCCCACAGGGAUUCGAACGUUACGAGUACAAAACUAGCCAAGAAAACGAGUACGAAAGUGGUUCUCUUUUGUACGAGCAGCGAAACGACUCACCGUUGGAGGAUUAUGAUUCCAGCGCGUAUUGUCGUGUAAACCGGACAGAUUCUCAUUCGGAGCAAUCGAUCGUAAAUGAAAACAUGUAUCGACGACACGACGAAGACCCCUAUCCGACGGAGAAUCUCUAUCAACCCGAGACUGAGGAUUGGGACAGAAAGUCGUGUGACUCAAACGCACACUCGGACGUUUGUUGUUCCUGUUCCGAAUCGAGUUGUCUUUACGGUAACGCGCUCGAGUACAACGAUCAGCAGUUCACCUCCACGUCGACGAAUUGUCUUCACGGUAGAACCGGAUCUCGAAGCAGAAGCGGUAGGAGCCCGCGUAGAAGAAAUACUAGAAAUUCUUCACCGACCUACAGUAGCGGUGAUAGUAAUUACUCGAUAUCAUCACUUUUACUUACAAUUUGUUAUUCUUCUCCCUUAGACAAAGUGCCUAGUUUCACCAGAAUCGGCGGAUAUCCUCAACACAAUUCCACGGGUUCGAAUACAGUCAGCAGUUCCGGAAGUCAAAGGUACAACAAGUUGAAUAACGUGUUCGUCGGGGGUGGCAAUUCGAACGUUGCUCCUGCAGACUGUAGUCGACCGGCAGAUCUCCGCGAUGGUUAAUGUAAUAAUUUACAUAAGACG